UGUUGCUCAAUUCACGUAAGCACCGUUUGGCACGUUAUAAACGUUCAAACCUCCCGUGGGAUGAAUUUAAUCGGAGAAAUUAAAUAUAAUGUCGAACUUAGACGACGUAAACACUUUCUGACCUCACAUCAGGAGGUUACCCACCCACCCCGUCAGGGUGCUCGAGUCAAACCCCAGACAGCUGAGAAUCACGUGACGUGACGUGUAAUCAGCAUGGCGGCGCUGAGCUGAGGUAGCGACUCCGCUGGACUGACACCGAUAGCCUGGGCUUUCGUUAGCUUUCCCCCUUGUCACCUGCUUUUACUGGCAGGGCCAGGCCGAAGAUGACGGCCUGAGGAGAGGGAGCGGUAACAAGACCGAGACAUGCAGCAGCAGCAACAACAACAGCGGCCACCACCACCACUAACACCACCAACACCACAGCAGCAGCAGCAAAACUCACAGUCGAAGGCGGAGAACAGUAAAACCAAGAGCAUGUUUCUGUCCAGGGCGCUGGAGAAAAUCCUCUCGGACAAGGAGGUGAAGAGGAGCCAGCACAGCCAGCUGCGCAAAGCCUGUCAGGUGGCGCUCGAUGAAAUCAAGGCAGAGCUUGAAAAACAAAAGGAUGGCACUGUGGUCCCACCCAGAGCCAACUACAUCGAGGCUGACAAAUAUGUGCUGCCCUUUGAGUUGGCCUGUCAGUCGAAGUCCCCCCGGAUAGUUAGCACCUCUUUGGACUGUCUGCAGAAGCUGAUCGCGUACGGCCACAUCACAGGCAAUGCCCCGGACAGCAGGACCCCGGGCAAGAGGCUGAUCGACCGGCUGGUGGAAACCAUCUGCAACUGCUUCCAGGGCCCGCAGACCGACGAGGGAGUGCAGCUACAGAUCAUCAAGGCCCUGCUGACGACCGUGACCUCCCCGCACAUAGAGAUCCACGAGGGCACGGUUCUCCUCACAGUCAGGACCUGCUAUAACAUCUACCUGGCCAGCCGCAACCUCAUCAACCAGACCACGGCGAAGGCCACGCUCACGCAGAUGCUCAACGUUAUCUUCACACGCAUGGAAAACCAGGCUGCUCUGGAGGCUCAGGAGCAAGAGAAGGACCGGCUACGUCUGCCCCAGCAGAACCCAUCCCCAGUCCCAGGUAAUCGCAGGUCCGGCUCUCCGCGGUCCGACCGGACGUCAACUCCAGAGCCCCAGAGUUCACCUUCCCCAGCAGCCAGUUCUCCAGACCUCACCACAACUAACACAACCAGUACCAUGCACCCACAACAAACCGCCGACCAGGACCAGGACCAAGCCGCAGACACACCAUCAAUCAAUGGAGAACCUGAGAGCGGCAGUGCUCCGAUAAACGGAGGAACAGAACCAGUCACACCAACAAGAGAUUCAGUUUUUGAAGACGAAGGUGUGGGGACGCAUCCUACAGCUGCUCAGCCAGCUGAAGAAGGGGACAAACCAGAGAGCAGUCCAAAUUCAGCCGAGUCAGAGACGACCGAAGGAGAGGAGGGAGAGCGUCAACCAACACAGAUGCACAGCGAAACAGCCUUUCUUCCAGGAGGUGAGUACCCAGCCCACCCUGUCACCGAGCAGACGGAGGUGCCCCCACCCAGAGUCAGAACAGAGGGUCAGCAGAUGAAUGGCAUCAUUGAGGACCGCUCCUCUGUUUCCUCCACAGAUAUGCUGGAUGCUGAGGCCCUGCAGGGACCCCACAGUGCCGCCCGCUUCUCUCACAUCCUGCAGAAAGACGCCUUCCUGGUGUUUCGCUCUCUCUGCAAACUCUCCAUGAAGCCCCUCGCUGAUGGACCACCAGACCCAAAGUCCCAUGAGCUGAGGUCCAAGAUUGUAUCCCUGCAGCUGCUGCUGUCUGUGCUGCAGGGCGCCGGGCCCGUGUUUCGCACCCAUGAGAUGUUCGUCAACGCCAUCAAACAGUAUCUGUGCGUGGCGCUGUCCAAAAACGGCGUCUCCUCCGUGCCUGAGGUCUUUGAGCUCUCACUGGCCAUCUUCCUCACAUUGCUGUCCCACUUUAAGGUCCACCUGAAGAUGCAGAUAGAGGUGUUUUUCAGGGAGAUUUUUCUGACCAUCCUGGAGACAUCGACCAGCUCCUUUGAGCACAAGUGGAUGGUUAUCCAGACACUAACACGCAUCUGUGCAGAUGCCCAGUGCGUGGUCGACAUCUACGUGAACUACGACUGUGACUUGAAUGCCGCCAACAUCUUCGAGCGGCUCGUCAACGACCUGUCGAAGAUAGCUCAGGGGAGGAGUGGUCAGGAGCUCGGGAUGACUCCUCUGCAGGAGCUCAGCCUUCGUAAAAAGGGUCUGGAGUGUCUGGUGUCCAUCCUCAAGUGUAUGGUGGAGUGGAGCAAAGACAUGUAUGUCAAUCCAAACCUUCAAGCUAACCUGGGCCAGGAGCAUCCGUCUGAUAGUGACGGAGGAGAGCUGAAGCUUCCAGAGCAGCUGGCAGGACGUCGAGACAGCAUCAGCUCACUGGACUCCACCGUCUCCUCCAGCGUCACGGCUUCGCAGGCGGACCAUCCGGAGCAGUACGAGGUCAUCAAACAGCAGAAGGACAUCAUCGAGCACGGCAUCGAACUCUUCAACAAGAAGCCGAAGCGAGGUAUCCAGUACCUGCAGGACCAGGGCAUGCUGGGUUCCACAGUUGAGGACAUCUCCCAGUUCCUGCACCAGGAGGACAGACUGGACACUACCCAGGUGGGAGAGUAUCUGGGCGAGAACAUCAAGUUCAACAAAGAAGUCAUGUACUGCUACGUGGACCAGUUAGACUUUUGCGGGAGGGACUUUGUCUCUGCACUCAGAGCGUUCCUGGAAGGCUUCAGGCUGCCUGGCGAGGCCCAGAAGAUCGACAGGCUGAUGGAGAAGUUUGCUGCCCGAUACCUAGAGUGCAACCAGGGACAGACUCUGUUUGCCAGUGCAGACACUGCCUACGUGCUGGCAUACUCCAUCAUUAUGCUCACCACAGACCUGCACAGUCCUCAGGUGAAGAACAAGAUGACGAAGGAGCAGUACAUCAAGAUGAAUCGUGGUAUCAACGACAGUAAGGACCUGCCUGAAGAGUAUCUAUCCUCCAUAUACGAUGAGAUCGCGGGCAAGAAGAUCGCCAUGAAGGAGAGCAAAGAGUUCUCGAUCACACCAAAGUCCACCAAGCAGAGUGUAGCCAGCGAGAAGCAGCGUCGUCUGCUGUACAACAUGGAGAUGGAGCAGAUGGCAAAGACAGCGAAAGCUCUGAUGGAGGCUGUCAGCCACGCUCAGGCCCCCUUCUUCAGCGCUACACACCUGGAGCACGUCAGGCCCAUGUUCAAGCUGGCGUGGACGCCCUUGCUUGCAGCGUUCAGUGUGGGACUGCAGGACUGUGAUGACCCGGAGGUGGCCUCGCUGUGUCUGGAGGGCAUUCGAUGUGCCAUCAGGAUCGCCUGCAUCUUCAGCAUGCAGCUGGAGCGAGAUGCGUACGUCCAAGCCUUGGCCAGAUUCACCCUGCUGACUGCCAGUUCCAGCAUCACAGAGAUGAAGCAGAAGAACAUCGACACUAUCAAGACCCUAAUCACUGUGGCCCACACUGACGGAAACUACCUGGGCAACUCCUGGCAUGAGAUCUUGAGGUGUAUCAGUCAGCUGGAGCUCGCCCAGUUGAUCGGCACGGGGGUAAAGACACGUUACAUCUCAGGUGUGGUCCGAGACAAGGAGGCCGGCAUCAAGGGCUUACCCUCCGGCACAGAGGAGUUCAUGCCCCUGGGGCUGGGUAACUUGGUGGGAAGUCAGGACAAGAGACAGAUGGCUCACAUCCAGGAGUCGGUAGGAGAGACGAGCUCUCAGAGCGUGGUCGUGGCUGUGGACAGGAUUUUCACUGGCUCCACCAGAUUAGAUGGAAAUGCAAUUGUGGACUUUGUGAGGUGGCUGUGCGCGGUGUCCAUGGACGAGCUGGCCUCAGCGCACCAGCCGAGGAUGUUCAGCUUACAAAAGAUCGUGGAAAUCUCCUACUACAACAUGAACCGCAUCAGGCUGCAGUGGUCUCGAAUUUGGCAGGUCAUAGGAGACCACUUCAAUAAGGUGGGUUGUAACCCCAAUGAGGAUGUAGCCAUCUUUGCUGUGGACUCUCUGAGGCAGCUCUCCAUGAAGUUCUUGGAGAAAGGAGAGUUGGCCAAUUUCCGCUUCCAGAAAGACUUCCUCAGGCCUUUUGAGCACAUCAUGAAGAAGAACAGGUCCCCCACUAUCAGAGAUAUGGUGAUCAGGUGUGUGGCUCAGAUGGUAAACUCCCAGGCGGCCAACAUCCGUUCAGGAUGGAAGAACAUCUUCUCAGUGUUUCACCAGGCAGCCUCCGACCACGACGAGACUAUAGUGGAGCUGGCCUUCCAGACCACUGGGCACAUUGUCAUGAAAACUUUCCAGGAGCACUUUGCAGCUGCUAUUGAUUCCUUCCAGGAUGCAGUGAAGUGUCUGUCAGAGUUUGUGUGCAACGCAGCUUUUCCUGACACUAGCAUGGAGGCUAUCCGACUCAUCCGACACUGUGCUAAAUACGUCUCAGAAAGGCCACAGACCCUGAGGGAGUACACCAGUGAUGACAUGAACGUCGCCCCCGGUGAUCGUGUGUGGGUUCGUGGCUGGUUUCCAAUUCUGUUUGAGCUCUCUUGUAUCAUCAACCGCUGCAAGCUGGAUGUCCGGACUAGAGGCCUCACAGUCAUGUUUGAGAUCAUGAAGAGUUAUGGCCACACGUUCGAGAAGCAUUGGUGGCACGACCUCUUCAGAAUCGUCUUCCGCAUCUUUGACAACAUGAAGCUCCCCGAGCAGCAGACAGAGAAAACUGAGUGGAUGACAACAACAUGUAACCACGCGCUGUAUGCCAUCUGUGACGUGUUCACCCAGUUCUAUGAGCCUCUCAGUGAAAUCCUGCUGGCUGACAUUUUCACACAGCUCCAGUGGUGUGUCAGGCAAGACAACGAGCAGCUGGCUCGAUCGGGGACCAACUGUCUGGAGAACCUGGUGAUUCUGAACGGGGAGAAGUUCAGCCCCGACGUCUGGAAAAUCACCUGCUCCUGCAUGCUGGAGAUCUUCCAGAACACCAGCCCUCACGCUUUGUUGACUUGGCGACCGGCUGGACAGGAUGAGGAAACUACAGAUGGCAAACAUUUUGAUGCCGACUUCGACAGCCAGUCCCAGAGCAGCUACGACAGAGCUCUCUCUGAGAGAGGACACAGCCAGAUGUCCAGCGACGACACCUGGAAGGGCAAGUCCAACGCCCGACUGUCGGACCAGAAGCUGUUUGCAGGGCUGCUCAUUAAAUGCGUGGUACAGCUUGAACUAAUCCAGACCAUAGACAACAUCGUCUUCUUCCCAGCAACCAGCAAAAAAGAGGAUGCUGAGAACAUGGCUGCUGCACAGCGAGAUGCUCUGGAGGAGUCGGAGUCUGAGGGAGGCGAGGCGGGUCUGGAUCAGGGUAUGUACAGACACAUGACUUCUGCACACCUCUUCAAGCUGCUGGACUGUCUGCUGGAGUCGCACACCUUCGCCAAGGACUUUAACUCCAACAACGAACAGAGAACAGCGCUCUGGAGAGCAGGCUUUAAAGGGAAAUCCAAGCCCAACCUGUUGAAGCAGGAGACGAGCAGUCUUGCCUGCAGCCUGAGGAUCUUGUUCAGGAUGUACUCUGACCGUCAGCUGCAGGACUCGUGGCCUGACAUCCAGACACGCCUGCUGCUGGUGUGCAGUGAAGCUCUGGCCUACUUCAUCAGUCUGACUUCAGAGAGCCACAGAGAGGCAUGGAACAGUCUGCUGAUGCUGCUGCUCACCAGGACGCUACGGCUGCCCGAUGACAAGUUCAAGCCGCAUGCUUCCUGCUACUACCCCCACCUCUGUGAAAUGAUGCAGUUCGACCUGAUCCCCGAGCUGCGGGCCGUCCUCAGGCGCUUCUUCCUGCGCAUCGGCUCUGCCUUCCACAUCGCUGCGCCCGAGGGGGUGUACGCCCGAACUCCCUCAUCCUAAAAAUGGGGUCAUGCUUGAGGGAUAUAUGGAGAAAUAGACAUUGUCGAGUAGAUCACAAAGUGGACAUGAGAGGACCCCCUCCCUUCUCUCUCUUUCUCUCUCCCUCUCUCUCUUGUGGACUGGAACUGGGGCUGCGGCGUCAGGGGGAAGACGACAAAGACUGUAGCUUUUCUGUCUCAGUUCAGGACUCUGCAUUAAAGUGUUAAGCUUUUCUACUGCGCCUGUAGAAAAGUCUUCACCCUGUCCUUCCUCCCUUCUCUCUCGGGGAUGAACAGCACUGUGACCAGCACUCUCUGCUGACUGUAGUCAUUCAUCAUCCCCCUGACUCUCAUCUCAAACUGCAAUGACUAGAAAAGAGGAACUGUAAACAAAUAAUUUAUUGAUAUUGUUGCAAACCCUGUAUCUGAUUUUGUUUUUUUUGUUUGUUUGUUUGUUUGUUCUCUUUCUGUUUUAAAAGAAAAAUACUUGACAGGUAAAAGUCUAUCUACAUGCUGAAGGCAAAUGAGCGUUGACAUUGAAGUUUUGACAUUUGACCUUUGAGAAAGUCUCUCGGCCGCCUGUGCCUGUUUAGAAAACGAUGACACAGUCGGUGUCGCCCUUAUCGUGAGUUUGGUGAUGAAACAAAUCAAAAUAUGUUGUAAUAUCUGGACCGUCACGUUUCAACGCCCAUCCCAAAGCAAUGUUUGUCACUUUAUUGUUUAUGUUCCCCUCUUCUGUCCGUCUGUGUUACUCGGUAGCGAGCUGAUCUUCAGCACUAUCAAAGAUCUAACGUGGCUUCGUUUGUUUGUGAAGUCUCUGCUCUCUGUGACACAAUAGUCCCAUCAUCUUAAUCAUAUCUUGCCUUGUUGAUGAGAUUUUACUUAUUUAUUUUUGCUCUUGCUUUAAUUUGUUUUUGUGAUUAUUUUUGCUGGUUUACAAUGAAAGCUUGUAAAAACACGCUACUUCCCUGUCAUGCAUUCCUUCGUGUGUUGACCCAGUAAGCCUUACACUGAAGGACGUAACAUGGAGUCGACUCCUCCUGGCUUUAAAAUGACAGACUCCUCAUAAAACCCUCCACUAACGCAUCAAUUGGCCCUCUAAGGUGACACAGUGGUUGUUUAUUUCCCCACACACUCUUUUUGCACAUCAGCUGCUGACAGUUUGCUCGUGUAUUAACACCGCUCAGUGUACCGACCUCCUCUGGACGGUUGGAAUGCCCAUCAGUGUUGUGUCACAUUCAACAGUAGAGUUCAAACACAGGAAGAUCCGGGAUGCAGAGUGAGUCUCUGCAUCCUGAACCUUUCCUAGUUUAUUCCAUGCCUUUUUUUAAAAAAAGAAGGAUGUAUGUAAUUAUUUAAAGUGCAUUUAAAUAUUUUUUGAGAAGCAUUCCUUCCCUCGCAACUAUGGAUGUCUACUUUUCUUCCCUAAAGCUAGGGAAUAUAUAAAUAUAUAUAUACAGUAAAUGAAAAAAAUGCAGACUGUAAAGUUUUCAAUGUAAGAUACAUAGAAAUGAAAGUGCUAUACGGUUCUAUACAUAAUAUUGUGAUGUAAUCUUCCAAGCAUUUGGUGAAGUAUCAAUAAAACCUGAAUUCUGAUCCACUCCAGUGA